UUCAAAAGCAAUAAAAGUCAUUAUGCUUGCACAAGAGGAGGCAAGACGGCUUGGCCAUAAUUUUGUUGGAACUGAGCAGAUCCUGCUGGGGCUUAUUGGCGAGGGCACUGGCAUUGCUGCUAAGGUCCUCAAGUCCAUGGGUAUAAAUCUCAAAGAUGCCCGAGUAGAGGUGGAGAAAAUAAUUGGACGUGGUAGUGGAUUUGUUGCCGUGGAGAUACCUUUUACUCCUCGUGCAAAACGUGUUUUAGAACUCUCACUAGAGGAAGCCCGUCAGCUUGGUCACAAUUACAUAGGUUCGGAGCACUUGCUGCUGGGAUUGCUGCGUGAGGGUGAAGGUGUGGCAGCACGUGUCCUUGAGAAUUUAGGUGCUGACCCCAGUAAUAUUCGAACUCAGGUUAUUAGAAUGGUGGGUGAGAGUGCAGAGGCUGUUGGUGCUGGUGUUGGAGGUGGAACCUCAGGUAACAAGAUGCCUACAUUAGAGGAGUAUGGUACCAAUUUGACCAAGCUAGCAGAGGAGGGUAAGCUAGACCCUGUUGUUGGGAGGCAGGACCAGAUUGAACGUGUCACUCAAAUUUUGGGACGACGCACUAAAAAUAAUCCUUGUCUGAUUGGAGAACCUGGUGUGGGGAAAACAGCCAUUGCAGAGGGUCUUGCUCAGAGAAUAGCCAAUGGGGAUGUUCCAGAGACGAUUGAGGGGAAAAAGGUUAUAACUUUGGAUAUGGGUCUUCUCGUUGCUGGAACAAAGUAUCGUGGUGAAUUUGAAGAAAGAUUGAAGAAGCUGAUGGAGGAAAUUAAGCAAAGUGAUGAAAUUAUACUCUUCAUUGAUGAGGUGCACACAUUGAUUGGAGCAGGAGCUGCAGAAGGGGCAAUUGACGCUGCAAACAUCUUGAAGCCUGCUUUAGCUCGGGGUGAACUACAGUGUAUUGGGGCAACCACACUGGAUGAGUACCGAAAGCACAUUGAGAAGGAUCCAGCACUGGAAAGAAGGUUUCAACCUGUUAAGGUCCCUGAACCCACUGUGGAUGAAACUAUUCAGAUUCUUAAAGGGCUUCGAGAACGAUAUGAGAUUCACCACAAGCUUCGUUACACUGAUGAAGCCCUAGUUGCCGCUGCACAGUUGUCCUAUCAGUACAUUAGUGAUCGUUUCUUGCCCGAUAAAGCAAUUGACUUGAUUGAUGAAGCUGGGUCCCGAGUUCGACUUCGUCAUGCACAGCUCCCUGAGGAAGCCAGAGAACUUGAGAAAGAGCUCAGGCAGAUAACAAAGGAGAAGAAUGAAGCCGUUCGAAGUCAAGACUUUGAGAAGGCUGGGGAACUACGUGAUAGAGAAAUGGAUCUUAAGGCACAGAUAUCUGCUCUUAUAGACAAAAACAAGGAGAUGACCAAGGCAGAAAGUGAAGCAGGGGAUGGAGGUCCCCUUGUCACAGAAGUCGACAUUCAGCAUAUCGUUUCUUCUUGGACGGGCAUUCCAGUGGAGAAGGUGUCGACUGAUGAAUCCGAUCGUCUCCUCAAGAUGGAGGAGACUCUUCACAGGAGGGUCAUUGGGCAGGAUGAAGCCGUCAAAGCCAUUAGUCGUGCUAUCCGACGUGCCCGUGUUGGGCUUAAGAAUCCCAACCGGCCUAUUGCUAGCUUCAUCUUUUCUGGUCCAACUGGUGUGGGGAAAUCAGAACUAGCAAAAGCACUGGCUGCAUACUACUUUGGAUCUGAAGAAGCCAUGAUCCGACUCGAUAUGAGUGAGUUCAUGGAGAGACACACUGUUUCGAAGCUAAUUGGAUCACCUCCAGGUUAUGUUGGUUAUACUGAAGGCGGACAGCUGACUGAGGCCGUCCGACGACGUCCUUAUACUGUUGUUCUUUUCGAUGAGAUUGAGAAGGCCCAUCCUGAUGUCUUCAACAUGAUGCUUCAAAUUCUGGAAGAUGGAAGGUUGACAGACAGCAAAGGUAGAACAGUGGACUUCAAGAACACACUUCUGAUCAUGACAUCAAAUGUCGGAAGUAGUGUGAUCGAGAAGGGAGGCCGUCGUAUAGGUUUUGACCUGGAUUAUGACGAGAAGGACAGCAGUUAUAACCGGAUCAAGAGCUUGGUGACGGAGGAGCUGAAACAGUAUUUCAGGCCCGAGUUCUUGAAUAGAUUGGACGAGAUGAUUGUAUUCCGGCAGCUCACCAAGCUGGAGGUGAAGGAGAUAGCAGACAUUAUGCUCAAAGAGGUCUUUGAGAGACUGAAAUCGAAGGAUAUUGAACUCCAGGUGACGGAAAGGUUCAGAGACAGAGUUGUUGAAGAAGGAUAUAAUCCGAGCUACGGAGCCAGACCACUCAGACGAGCUAUCAUGAGACUCUUGGAGGAUAGCAUGGCUGAGAAGAUGCUUGCCCGUGAAAUCAAGGAAGGCGAUUCAGUCAUUGUCGAUGUUGAUUCUGACGGCAACGUGAUAGUUCUGAAUGGCAGCAGCGGUGCUCCUCCAGAACCGUCCCCUGAACCAGUGGUGGUGUAGAUCUGUGUAGCCGUUUGUUUCAAAGUGACGGCAAUGUCGUUUGUGCGUUUGUGCCUUUUAACCCGGCUGCGAAAUCUCCCUCUCCAAACGCCCAGUCAAGAUUUACGGGUUCCGUCACGAACACAUUGCCACUGGAUUAUAUAAUCUACACUGGAAACUAUAUAUGCACAUUGUAGUCUGUUAUUAGGGAGGAAUUAUUACACUUGCAGAAACUUGUGUUAAUGUAAUGGUAAGUCGGUGGUGUUUUAUUCUUGUUUCAUUUAUUUGGUGGAGAUAAAAUGUUUUUCAGAAAUGGCUUAUAGUUUGUGUAUUUGGCGAUUAUGUCAGUAACCUGACAUUUACAACAGAAGGGUAAAACUAUAUGAACA